ACUUCACGACCAAAUUCUCGCCGGAAAAUUCAAAUAUUCGCUGGAAAACGCAACCACCCAUUGCCUUUUCGAUCUUUCCCCCAUUUCCGGCAAGAAAACCCAAAACCAACGUCAUACCCAGCCUCUUCUCCUCAAAACUGGCCCGUGCUGAGAUUUUGGGGAGAUUUGGAGCAUAUUUUUUCCGGCCAAGUCACCGGCGGCGAGUCUUCGGCGAGCUUCCGACGAAGCUCCGGGGACCCCUCUCCGGUCAUUUUUCCGACCGUUUUUUCAUCGUCCUCGCCCACACCUCACUUCCUCCUACGUCCCACUUGUGUCUCCAGGUUUGUUUUUACUCUACCUUUGUGAAUUGUGGAGAAUCAUAUUAGGUAGUGAAGUGCGGUUGAAUUUUUGUGCUUUGCAUUAUUGAACCUAGAUUUAGGGUGAGGACUUACGUGAAAUAGGUCGUGUGAUUGAUGGAUUGAUUAUUGCAUGAGCUUAGUGAGCCUUGGUGGGCGUGUUUGAAUCAAAUUGUGCUUAUUUUUAGAAAUUGCCCACCAAGUGCUAUGUUAUGAAUGCAAGUGGAGUUUUUUGAUUGGUGUAUGGUAGCCACCGUGGUGGGAGUUGUGGUUCAACUUUUUGUGUGCUUGAACCGUGAAAUACCCACAAUCUCACCACGGUGGUUUAAGCUUCAAUGUUUUAACCAUGGUGGAAAAACAAGUGUGGGGGAAUCGCUUUUCCUCCCAAUGAGCGGUAUAUGACGAUUAUUUCCACGUAUGGUGUGUGUUUGUGUUUGUGCAGGAUGCUUAACUUGGAGCAUGAUUUCAUCAGUUAUUUGGUGAACCACCCGGAGUUUGGCGACAAGUUCGCCUACCAGAGUGACAGCCCGAUUGGGCCUCACUGGCGGCUGGACCUGGACAUGUUUAACUUGUUCAGGUGUUGAGCCGCCAUGACUGGGGUACUCUACCAUCCCCAGUAGCGCCAGCUCUUGACCAUGGACGAGGAGAUCUUCCAUGAGCUGUGUGUGGAGUUCUACUCCACCUUCUCCCACAUCAUCCUGGCCAGCAAGAAGAGCCAGCCCCGGGUGGAGUUUAUGCUUGGCGGUCAGCCGCGAGUGCUGACCUAUGAUGGCUUCGCUCAGGCCAUGGGACUCGACACCGCUCACAUGACGAUGACGGAGCGGCAGUACAUGGUCGACUUCAACUAUCAGGGCGCAUUCAGUGCCCUCUGCCGCCCAGAGCAUGAGCAAAGUGAGUUCAAGUGGAGACACACCAAUACGGUGAAGCUGAAGACCCAGUGGAGGAUUAUCCACACUCUGAUCACCAGAUCCGUCGUCCCUAGCCUCCAGUCAGGCCACUUGAUGACGAACAGAGGGCUCAUUGCCCUGCACUCGAUAAGGAUUCUUGCCGAGUCGAUGGCUCGCUAUGACAGAACACCUAACAAUGGCCAAGUGUAACCAAUGGAAGGGACUGCAGUAUAGUGGCUCAAGCAAUAAAUAUCGAAUCCACAGGUCUCUAGAGUUACUAUUACUCAGCUUCAGUUUAUUAUCUAGCAGACCAGAUUAAGAUGGAAGAACUAAAACUACUCUAACAAACUACAGUUAAAGUU